CAAUUACAAUAUAUUCUCACAAGUCUUACGAAAUAGACGUAAUUGAACAUUCUAAACCCAACAAAUAAAAUUUAAAAAAAAAUGUUUGAUGGUUUCUUUACACAAUUAACAACUUGCCAAUGAUUUUAGUUUAUAUGGCUUUGAAUGUUACGAACCGGCCCGCUCUGCACCGCAGUUAAACAGUAACAAAAAUUUCUACAUAUAUCAUAUAUCUAUACGUUUUUAUAACUGUUAAACAUGCACCGCAGUUAAACCACUUGUUCCGCACCGCUCAAACCGCAGUUACCAUUCGGAGUCAUAAAUUACGGAAUAACGACUGCGAGAACAAACGAAGUUGUAAUAAUUUUCUGGCGGAAACGACAUAGUUUCGUGACACAAAACCUUUAUCUCAUCGUCGUCUUAAUAUAAUAAAGUGCUUAUUAUUCACAGCCACUCUGUUUCUCUACUUUUCGCUCACCCUUAUCGCCGCGUUUUCGUCAAAAAGUUCGUAAGAUUGUUCUGAUAUCUCCAUUGUGUUUCGCUUGAGACAAAAGUGGUUCGAAGAUGAAUCAUUAUAGCCUCCAGCAGAACGCCUUCGAAUCUAGAGGAUUUGUUGUUCCUGUCUCCUCUGAUCCUAUCUCUCUUGUUUGUCCUAAGCCUCGCCGUGUCAUUCUCUCUAAUAACGUUAUUCAUCCGUUUAGAUUAUUACAUUCAAGUCAAUCCAGAGCAGCUGAUGUAAGUGAUUGUAAAGCUGGGGCUGAUCUUUUGGACAUCAUCAUUCGUAGAAAGGAAGAAACAUUAUCUGGUGUAGCUUCAUCACCUCCAUUUUUCCUCGGGUCUCCCCCGAGCAGAGUAUCAAACCCUUUAGCUCAAGAUGCACGAUUUGGAGAUAACAAACUCAACCCUAUCUCACCAUUCCUCCCAUCUCCAUCUCGUGUCAAAGGAGGAAGCUGUGGUCGAGUGAAGUUUGGGAUUAAGCCUGCUUCUGUUAGAGUAAAGGGAUUCGAUUGCUUAAACAGGGACUGCCAAAACUCAAGCAUACCUGCCAUGGCUUAGAAGAAGGAGCAGAGAUUCAUAAAAUCCAUAAUCCCUUUUUCGAUUAUAUGUUUUUUGAAUAUUAAGAAGAGUUAAAAAGAUCAGUCAACAUCCUUAGUUAAGGCUUUGAGAUCAAUAUUGUGUAUAUAUACCGUAAAUUAAGAUGUGUUAUCCUUAUUCUCACUGUAACAUAUCAAACCACUUUGGAGUGUUUGUUCUUCUUUCAGAGAGGUUCUCAAUCUUUGUAAAAAUGUAAUUUUGUAAAGCUCGACAUGUAUAUGAACUGUAACACAUGACGAUGUAAUAUGUAUGUAUGCAA